UUUCAGCUGCUAACACAGGAAAGGAAAACAGCAGUUUAACUGAAGCUGUGAGGCUCAACUUGACUUCAUUGUUUCAUACAUUUAAAGUAGUUUAACAGGCAAAGUUUUGGUGAAAAAAUGCCACCGAAGAACAUAUUUAGCUUUAAAAGCAUGCUGCUCAUAUUUGGUAUAUUGUGGAAACUGAGUGACGCACAGGUGAACAGAGAAGAAGCCAACCAGCCUCCAGGUGAGACUCAACCUGAAGAUGGAACCAGAGGUGACGGCAGUGCCUUCUACGCCCUGCGGAGCUGCCAGCAGCUGCUGCAGAGCGACGCCGGCGAGUUCUUCUCCCCGGAUUACCUGUGCUCCAACCCGCCGCUGUGGUGCAACUGGACCAUCCAGAUGGACCCGGGAAAGAGGAUCCUCCUCCAACUGGAGGACCAGACCCCCGACGACGCCUGCCACCUCAAAGAAGACCAGGUCUACUUGGACGAGCCCAUCGGACUCUUAAAGGCUCACAAAGUCCUGCAGAAGUGCUGGCGGGAGGUCAAGUACACGUCCUCGUCCAACACUGUGUAUGUGGUGCAGCUGAUCGGCGGCUGGCCCAGCUCGCCCUACAGGGGCUUCCACGGCCGCUACCAGGCCUUUGGACCCCCGGUGGUUUACAACCCGCAGGAGGGAUUCCCAAACAGGGAGUCAGAACCAUCUCCUGGAAUCCCAGACUUUAGUGAACUUAAGAACGGUGAACAGCUGGAGUCAGAGCAUCCGUCGCCAGCUAGUUCUGAUCUUACAUAUGAUUAUUUUAAUCCAUCUUCAGACGGGACGGAACCCGAGGAGGCCGCGGACACUGAGGUGGAUGACCUUCCAGUCUCGGCAUCCACACAGGGGACCUCUCGAUCGGGAAGAGGUGCCACUAAAACCUCUUUCCGCCAGUCCGACUCAGCCGUCCCUCCUGCCUCUUCCCAGCAGCAACGCGGCGGUCAGAGCCAGGAGCCGCUCAGACCCGCCACAGGCAGCCCGGCUGCUAAUGUGGAGGAAUCUUCGUAUCUAGAGGAAGCUUUGACGCAUCCAGAGAGAGCCUCGUCGGAUCCAGAGGAAGCCUCGUCGGAUCCAGAGAUGGCCUCGUCGGAUCCAGAGAUGGCCUCGUCGGAUCCAGAGAUGGCCUCGUCGGCUCCAGAGAUGGCCUCGUCGGCUCCAGAGAUGGCCUCGUCGGCUCCAGAGAUGGCCUCGUCGGCUCCAGAGAUGGCCUCGUCGGCUCCAGAGAUGGCCUCGUCGGCUCCAGAGAUGGCCUCGUCGGCUCCAGAGAUGGCCUCGUCGGCUCCAGAGAUGGCCUCGUCGGCUCCAGAGAUGGCCUCGUCGGCUCCAGAGAUGGCCUCGUCGGCUCCAGAGAUGGCCUCGUCGGCUCCAGAGGAAGCCUCGUCGGCUCCAGAGAUGGCCUCGUCGGAUCCAGAGGGAGCCUCGUCGGCUCCAGAGAUGGCCUCGUCGGAUCCAGAGGGAGCCUCGUCGGCUCCAGAGACGGCCUCGUCGGCUCCAGAGACGGCCUCGUCGGCUCCAGCGACGGCCUCGUCGGCUCCAGCGACGGCCUCGUCGGCUCCAGCGACGGCCUCGUCGGCUCCAGCGACGGCCUCGUCGGCUCCAGCGACGGCCUCGUCGGCUCCAGAGGAAGCCUCGUCGGAUCCAGCGACGGCCUCGUCGGCUCCAGCGACGGCCUCGUCGGCUCCAGCGACGGCCUCGUCGGAUCCAGAGGAGGCCUCGUCGGAUCCAGAGGAGGCCUCGUCGGAUCCAGAGGAGGCCUCGUCGGAUACAGAGGAGGCCUCGUCGGAUACAGAGGAGGCCUCGUCGGUUACAGAGGAGGCCUCGCCGGAUCCAGAGACUGCCUCGCCGGAUCCAAAAGAAGCAGCAAGUCCAGAGGAAGAGAGGCUGUUGGAGGAAGAAAGGCUUUUGGAGGAGGAAAUGUCAAACUGGCUUCCUUCUCUCUCUGAAGCAGCAGAACCAGGGGAGACUGAGCCGACUCUUCCUCAGCCCAACGUGGUGGAGCAGCUGUCGGACCACCGAGGAAACCUCCACGUCAGAAAUCACUCUGAAGAUCCACAUCUUCCUGGCGAUCACCUGUUUGAAGUGACGGUUGAAGUGAAAUUCAUCCCGGAUGUAAAGGAGUCCUGGGACAACGUGUUCCUGUCACUGCUGCCGUCGGUAAAAGAGCUGAUCAGCAAGCAGCUGAAGCCUCUGCAUAUGCCGCUGUCCAUGAAGACUAAAAGAAAAAAAAGACUGAGUGCAGGAGGGCUGUACAUCAUCUGGCUGCAGAUUGGACAGGGGCCGGAGGGUCUGCAGGUCCACCGGACCGUCCACUCCAACCUGCACGGUCUCCCUGCCACGUCUGUCGGCGUUAGCCAAUGGGAAGCUGUGAUCUCCUCGGUGUCGAUUGCAGAUGUAAACGAGUGCGGGACCCAGAUGGUGCUGUGUGACGUUAACGCAGACUGUGUGAACCAGUUCGGUUCGUACUCGUGCCACUGCAGGCCGAGCUUCCGGGACGAGUCCCGCCUGGGGUCGGGAGGGACUGCCUGUGUUGAUGAGAAGCCUGCAGGUUGCAGCUCGGACCUGUCGCCUGAGACGAAGGGCGUCUACGGGCUUUUCUUCCUGCUCAGCUCGCUCAUCCUUCUGCUGCUGGCGGCGGCCGGCCUGCUGUACCACCGCCACCGCCGCGGGGCCUUCCUGGUCCGGUGCCACAGCAGCAGCGGAGGCAGCAGCAGCAUCAUCGUUCCUCCUGACCUCAACAACAACCACCACCACCAUCAUCACCGCCAUCGCUGCUAUCACCAUGACGACACCUACUCAAGCACCCCGGACUCUGACCUGCCCCCGCCCCCUCCGCCCGUCCGGAGCUUCAGGGAGGGCUGGCCCCCGGCGAAGGAGCGCUGGCCCCCGGCGAAGGAGCACAGCCCGGCCCUGGACCUGCAGCUGCUGCGCAUCAGCCAGCUGCUGCGGCCCGACGCCUGCACGGAGCCGCAGGAGGGCGGGAAGAAGUGAAACAGAUAACGGAGAAUCUGAACUCGUUAAAAAACUCCUUUUUCAUUUAGUUUUUUUAUUUGUCAGAUUAUCAGUUUGAAAUAAAAUCUCAAUACAACAGCA